GGAGCCAGUGAUAAACCACAUUCCCUACACUAUUUCUACACAGGAGUGUCAGAGCCCAGCCAGGGGCUGCCCCAGUUCAUCACUGUGGGGUACGUGGACGACCAGCUUUUUGUUCAGUAUGCCAGUGACACCAGCAGAGUGAUGCCUCGAGUUCUCUGGAUAGAGAAAGCAGUGAUGUUUGAUCCCCAGUACUGGGACACUGAGACCCAGGUCUCAAGGGGCAAUCAGCAAACCUUCAGAGAGUAUCUGAUGAUUCUUCAGAAUCGCUAUAACCAAAGUGGAGGGCUACACACCCUGCAGUUCAUGUAUGGCUGCGAGCUGAGCAAUGACGGGUGCAAAAGAGGAUAUGUGCUGUAUGGCUAUGAUGGGAGGGACUUCAUCAGCUUUGACCAAGAGAUCCUCACUUGGGUGGUAGCCGAUAUCAGGGCACAACUGACCAAAAGGAAAUGGAAUGCUGACCUGCAGAUUGCCAAACGUUGGAAGACCUACCUGGAAGGGACCUGUAUUGAGUGGCUGCAGAAAUACUUGGACUAUGGGAAUGAAACUCUGCUGAGAAAAGAACUCAAGGCAAAUGACAAUGGCCAGGAAACCCUCUUCUGUCAGGUCUACGGUUUCUACCCCAGGGAGAUUAAUGCUACCUGGAGGAAGGAUGGGUUUGUCUGGGUGGAGAAAACCUUCCGUGGGACUGUCAGUCCCAACUCAGAUGGAACUCAUUGCCCCGGCUCAGCACUGAGAUUGACCCCAGAGAGAAGAACCACUUCCACUGCCAUGUGGAAUAUGAUGCCCUACUGA